GUAUUUUGACCCAGGCAUAUCACUUCUGAAGGCUCCAGGUCUGGCCUCGGUGGUAAUUCUAGCACGAUGAAGCCCACCACGAGAUAUCUAGUCGGUGCUUGCCUGGCGGCCUCAAAGUGCCUGGCCACGAACACGAUCGAUCCCGAUCUGGUGGAGGCAGACAUCACCACGGCCGAGCUCGAAGGAAUUCUCUUGGACCUGAACGACAUCGGGGACGCCAAUGGCGGCAACAGGGCCUUCGGCCUUCCAGGGUUCCAGGCCAGCGUGGACUACGUGCUGGAGAGGAUAGGCGGCGCAACCACUUUCACCAACGAGACCUCUGCCCUGAAGACGUGGGUGCAGCCCUUCAACCACACGUUCGAGCAGACGCGUGAGAUCAGCGUCACGGGCCCUGACGGCGAGGACGUCUAUGUGCUCACGCUCCUGUACAACGCUGCCACGCCAGUGCCGGACGGCGUCACUGGCCCCCUGGUCGACACCCCUGUUGACGACGCCCGUGGCUCGGGCUGCUUCGCCGACCAGUGGGAGGGGAUCGACGCAACGGGCAAGAUCGCGCUCGUCAAGCGGGGCGUGUGUGCCAUCGCCGAUAAGCUCAAGCUCGCCAAGGCCGCGGGUGCCGUCGGCGCGCUCGUCUACCAGCCGCAGCCGGGCACCAACUUCUCCUCUGCCACGCUGCAGGCUGAAAACAUCGGGCUGCUUGUGCCCGGUGGCUUGAUCCCGCUUGAGGUGGCGCAGGCCUGGCAGGAGAGCCUGGCUGCUGGCGAGGAGGUGACCGUCACGCUGCUGGUGGACUCCAUCUUCGAGACGCGUGAGACGUGGAAUGUGUUCAGCGAGACCACGGAGGGUGACCCAGACAGCGUGGUGAUUCUCGGUGCGCAUCUUGACAGCGUGCAGGCUGGACCCGGCGUCAAUGACGACGGGAGUGGGACGGCGGGGCUGUUGACUAUCAUCAACAGCGUGAGGAAGUACACUGGCCUGAAGAACAAGAUUAGGUUUGCGUGGUGGGGCGCCGAGGAAAGCGGGCUGGUCGGCAGUCUGUACUACACCCGCGGCCUGCCAGUCGAGGAGGUCAACAAGAUCAAGUACUACUUCAACUACGACAUGAUAGGAUCGCCGUUCCCGGUGUUUGCCGUCUAUCAAAACGAGAUCAGUGGCUCACCCGCAGAGGGUCUGGUGGAAUAUCUCACUUCCCAGGGCAAGGACGCGUACUUUGGAUCCUUUGGAACCGGCUCCGACUACGUCGGCUUCAACAACCUCGGCAUACCAGCGAGCGGCAUUUUCACCGGCGCCGGUGCCCCUACAGACCCUUGCUAUCACCUUGCCUGUGACACCAUCACCAACAUCGACUUCGACGCCAUCACUGUCAACACCAAGGCUGCUGGCAGAUUGGCUGCCCAGCUUGCGCUGUCUCUGGAGGGCGUCCCGGUCAGGAACACGACCUCAGCCAACCUGAGGGGCAGGAUGAAGAUUACCGAGAGCUUCCAGAAGUGGGCGAGGGCCGAGGAGCGGGUGGUUCUGCAGAAAUCGUGCUCACAUGACAUCCAGAACCAGCUGUUAUAAGGCAGAUUGUGGAUUUUGUGGCGUAGUGUGCGGUCCUGGCCUGGAG